GCAUACAAACAAACAGCUGAGCUCCAUACAUUGUUUUGGUUUAGUUAAAAAAAAUGACUUCUGGAUUGGAAACACUCCCAAUUGAAUCUAUUAUAGAUUUAUGUAGAAUAUGUGAAACAUCCGAUGUUUAUAUCGAUAUAAUUGACGAAAACGAACAAAGAUUGGCGUUCAAAUACUUUAUUAUUACCGAUAUAGAGAUAGCAACCGAUGAUGGCCUUCCUACAACAUUAUGUAAAAAUUGCGCGAUCGAAUUGAAAAACUGUUUUGAUUUCAAAAUAAAAUGUCUACGGUCCGACAGCAAAUGGCGAGGAAUAAUUUCUGGAUCGUAUCUUGUGGACGAUAAUUUCAACUCUGGAACAAUAGAUGAUGAUGGAGAAAAUUCAGCCAAUUUAAAGAACAGCAAAUGCUACAAGGAAUCAGAACCUGACAGUGAUUCAGAUUCCAAACAAGAUGAUGAACUAAAUAUACCACAGGAAAGAAAGCAAUGGUACAGAUCCAAAUUCAGUUGCGAGACCUGCAAGACUGGGUUCAACGAAAGAGAUGAAUACAGUAAGCAUAUUAAAGUUCACGGCUUACGACGUUUCCAAUGCAAAAAUUGCACAAAAUGGUUCAAGUAUAAGUUUCAUCUUGAGCUUCACCAGAGAGAACGAUGUAUAAAGCCCAGAAAAUAUCUCUGUGAGCUUUGCUCUCAGCCAUAUUCUAGCAGAGCUAAUCUUCGUCGUCAUAUACAAGAGAUUCAUGAGGGAGUCAAACCAUUUGAAUGUGAUAUAUGUGGCAAGCGUUUUGCUCAAAAAAGCGUUUUACAAUCUCACUCAUCCGUGCACAACUCGCAUGUAAGAUUUUCUUGUCGUAAAUGUUCCAGGCAAUACAAAACGGAGAAAUCUUUAAUCUUCCACGAGCAAUCUCAUCUUCCCCAAGAGUUGCGAGAUCCAACGCUGAAACGACCCAAACGAGUACAGAUGAAAAUAUGUGUUUGCACAUUUUGUGGAAAGAAAUCGAACAAUCAAGCCGCUCACGAUGGCCACUUGAGAACCCACACGAAGGAAACACCAUAUUCCUGUAAAAUAUGCCCUAAGAGGUUCAAGUUUUACUCUACGCUUAGAACACACAAGUUGAUCCACUCGAAUGAGAAACCCUAUAAAUGUGGAACAUGCGGAGCGUGUUUCAGACAAGCAGCCCAUUUGAAAACACACAAUCUUCGUCACACAAAAGAGCGAAAGCACGUUUGUCUUAUUUGCUCGAAAGCAUUUACAUUGCGCGGCAAUCUUAACACACACCUCAAGAUUCAUGCUGCUCAGAGUGCUGCAGGUAUUCAAACGAAUAAGGAAGUCUAAAUUUAUUAUUAUUUAUGUUACAGAUAAAACAAUGUUUAAAAAAAAAUACAAUAUCAGAUAAGUAAUUUUUUUCGAAAGUACAUUUUCUGACUCUUCUCCUCGCGACGUUAUCGAGGACAUAAAUGAAGAACAGCUGAUAACUUGAUUUCAUUUAAGAAGUUUCUACAAAUACAGCAUUAUUUAGGAUAGGUCUGAGCCUUCAAUUAAUACUACGAAGGGAUUGUUAUAGAAUUAUGGCGGGUUUACAUUAGGGAGAUCUAUAGCUAUAGAUGGAUUUAUUCACGUGAAAAUAGGUGUAAACGGGUGAGAAUAAAUAUGAUACACUUAUUCGAGGUAUAUAUAACUUGAAUAAAUUCAGCAUAUGUAAACGCUUGUGAAUUUCUCACUGGUGAGAAAUCACUAAAGUUGGAUGCAGUUCUACUUUAGGUGAAUAAAUUCACCGAAAAUAUGAAUAUAUUCAUUAUAGAAGUUCACGCUAGUGUAAACGGUUGAUGCGAUUUCUAUAAAUCUCAUCAUAUUUCUUCACAUGAAUAUAUCACUAGUCUAA